CUUUGCAGAAACCGACAACUCCUGAAUUUCACGAGUCAGACGGGAGAAGAAGAAGACGAACUCGGUGCGAAGUAGACGUGACAACGUGACAACCUAGUGCCGAGAGAAGUUGUCGCGGUCAGCGCAAUGUGGCUAUGGCUGACUUUGCUGUUGUUAGCAACGAGCGUUUUCGCCACCCUGGGGAUCUUCGGCAUAGUCCACAGAGAGAGGGCGGGAGAGGCUGACACAAAGGCCUCCUUGGCGGGAAAGACGAUCCUCAUUACCGGGGCUUCUUCAGGUAUUGGCAGAGAGGCUGCCAAGAUCUUGGCCAAGAGAGGAGCCCGUCUCAUCCUGGCCUGUAGAAGUAUUGCCAAGACUAGAAUUCUUGCAGAUGACCUGCGAUCGAUGACCGGGAACGAGGACAUCCUGGUGAUGGAGUUGGACACCUCCUCCCCCCCCCCCAUAGUCUCCGUCAGGAGAUUUGCCGACAAGUUCCUGAAUCGUGAGCGCAGCCUGGACGUUCUGAUUCUGAACGCGGGGAUCUACGGAACGCAGAGAAGGCACAUAACCUCCGAAUGUCUGGAAACGGUCAUGGCCACGAAUCACUUUGGCCACUUUCUGCUGGCCAACUUACUGCUGGGAGCUCUGAUGAUGGGCAAACGUAGUAGAAUCGUCGUGACGGCUUCAGGGCUACAUCGUCUCUGCAAGAAAAUAGACCCAAAGGACCUGAACUUCGAGAGGGCCGAAUUCACUCCACUGCUGUCAUACUGCCAAUCGAAGGCCUGCAACAUCCUCUUCACACGGCACUUAGCAGAAAUCACCCGAGAUACAGGAGUGGUUGUCAAUGCAUUCUGCCCAGGCUUAGUAUCGACGGAGAUGUUCGAAAAGACUGCUGGGUUUUUCAUGAGUACGCUACAGCGAAUGCUCCUACCAUUCAUAGGGAGGACACCUUGGCAAGGGGCCCAGCCCAUCGUUCAUCUGGCAGCGUCUAAGGAGACGGAGGAAAUAUCCGGAGAGUUUUUCGAAGAUUUCAAGGUAAGUCAGUUAUGACGAUUUCAAGGUCAUUCAGUCCUGAGGAUAG